AUGGUCAAUGUUCGUCAAUUAGUUGUUGAUGAAAAUUAUUCAUUACGUGGAAAAAUACUUGAUGAAUAUAUCCAAGUUGAUAAAGAAAAAGGUUUAAUUUCAUUUUUUAUUCGUAAUUUUUUUGUCUAUAUAUGUGGUACAUUAGGUACAACAUCAUGUUGUUCAGUUGAUAAUUUUGAAAAACUUGAACAGAUUUGUCAAUGUGAAAAACUUUGGUUUCAUAUCGAUGCAGCUUAUGCUGGUGCUGCACUUAUUUGUGAAGAAUUUCAUUAUUUAUUAAAAGGAUUGCAACAUUGGAGUAUUGCAUUAAGUCGAGGAUUUCGAUCACUUAAAUUAUGGUUUACUAUUCGAAAUUAUGUUAAAGACGGUCUUCGUCAUUAUAUACGAGAACAUUGUCGUUUGUCAAAAAUAUUUGCUAAAUCAUUAAAAACAGAUGAUCGAUUUGAAAUAAUUGUAAAUGUUGUAUUUGGACUUGGUUGUUUUCAUUUAAAAGGAGACAAUAUAUUGACUGAAAAAUUAUUAUCAAGUUUAAAUGAUUCAGGUCAAAUCCAUGUUGUACCAUCAAUGCUCAAUGAAGUAUUUAUAAUUCGUAUUGUUGUUUGUGCUAAAGAUGCUUUGGAAUAUGAUAUGCACAUUGCAUUUCAAAUAAUUCAAACAUGUGCAGAUGGAAUUAUGAUUGAAGACAACAAGGAUUUAUCAUCAACACCGAUAAAACAAUGUUGA